AUGGCCUUUUAUGACGAACCUGGGGGUGACUCCCAGCCAUUUGGAAGACCUCAAAAGCCCUAUGAAGGUGGAAUCGUAGGACCACGACGACCACGACUUGUUACCGAUUAUGGAUCGUCGCUCAUACAGUGGAUGCGCACACGGCGCCCAAGAUAUAAAGGUGGUCAUCGAAUGGAGAUAGAGAGACCGAGUGCAAGCUACGUAGUUGAUGUAAACAGCUACACCCUGUGUGAAAACCUCGCGGAGACAAAGCCGUCGGCUAACUCCUUUUUCUCUACGCAGAUGUUGCCUCCAUUAGCACGAGUCCAUUGUCCUGCAGAUACCAUACCCGUGCGACACCUGCACCAAUCCAUUGGAAAGUCGAAAAAGCCGAUCACAGUCAUACGAUGGACCCCGGAAGGGAGGCGCUUGUUGACGGGUGGACACACUGGAGAGUUCAUGUUAUGGAACGGGACAGCAUUCAAUUUUGAGACCGUGAUGGAUGCACAUUAUGAUCAACUACAAGCAGGAGUAACUUCUUUGGCAUGGUCCCACAGCCAUGAUUGGUUAAUUUCAGGAGGACAAAGGGGUGAUGUGAAAUAUUGGCGGCCUAAUUUUAAUAAUGUUGAGACUAUUGAUGACGCACACCACGAUGCGGUUCGAGAUCUUGCGUGGUCUCCUAGCGAUACGAAGUUCCUAUCUGCUUCGGACGAUACGACUUUGAAGAUAUUCGAUUUCACCUCGAGAACCGCCGAUACUGUCCUUACCGGUCAUAAUUGGGAUGUCAAAUCAUGCGAUUGGCACCCCACGAAGGGACUCUUAGUCUCUGGCUCAAAAGACCACCAGGUCAAGUUCUGGGAUCCUCGCACGGCGAGAUGUUUAACGACGCUUCAUAGCCACAAGAACACAGUAACUGCGACAAGGUUUUCACGUGUGAAUCAAAACCUUCUCGCGACAUCAUCUCGUGACCAGACAGCAAGGGUUUUCGAUCUACGUAUGAUGCGGGACAUAUGUAUUCUUCGAGGACAUGAGAAGCCCGUUUCGUCCCUCACGUGGCACCCUAUCCACAGUUCGCUUAUAUCGACAGGGAGCGAAGACGGCUCGCUGUACCAUUACCUUUUGGAUGAGCCCAACGUGCCCUCCGGACAGAUUCCUACCAUAGCACCUUACGACAGCCCAGAUCCUGCGAAUACGCCGGCACAAGUCAUCUAUCCUGCGCAUCGGAUCCAGUACGCACAUGGCGCUACUAUUUGGUCAUUGGAUUGGCAUCCACUGGGCCAUAUACUUGCGUCGGGCUCUAAAGAUAACUUUACUCGAUUCUGGUCUCGAGCAAGACCGGGAGAGACUAGCUACAUGAAAGACAGGUUCCACAUUGGGGAGGAAGCCGCAGAGGCCCAGGGAACAUGGAGUAGGGGCUUUGGAAGGAGACAAAUGCGUGAGGAGGAAGAACAAGAAUUGCAGGAUGAAGCCGAGAGUCUUAUUGAUCAGAGACAGCCUGCCGGCUCCGGUCUUCCCGGAAUACAAAUUGCACCUCCUGGCAGUGCGCCUCACCAAGACGGGUUGGGUUCACAACUACUACCAGGCAUCGGCGCUCCUCAACCACCACCAGGCCCACCGGCUGGUAUGCCUUCGUCCAUGCCCCAGAUGGACCCCAGCCGCUUGGCCGCGCUUUUGUCAACCCAAGCACCCCCCCAACCAAAUAUUAUUCCCAACACCGGAUUGCCUGGAUUUCCCAUGCUUCCUGCCCUUUCAGGAACGCCACCCGCAAAUGUUGACCUUGCGGAGCUACAAAAGCAGCUCAUGUCACAGGGUAUUCCACUACCACAAAAUUUCGCCCCUCAACACUUUUCCCAAUUGCCGGGCACCGGAGGUCUCCCUGGUUUGCAGGGUAGCGGUACACCUGACAAUUCCUAUGGUAGAUGA